CGUUUACUAGAAAAAGGAUGAAGACGGGUCAACUCAGCCGAAAUGGAACGGCAAAGCCUCGUCGUCAAACCCAAUACUCUCUCACGCAACUUACACGCCCACCUAUAUUACAUAACCCAUCAUCUUUCCUCUCUAUCUCUCUCUGUGUCUAUAUAUUCUCCGAUCAGUUCAUGGCUUCAUCAAGGUCUCCGGUGACCUACGCCGAUGCAGCUCAGUGGUACUGUAUCAUAUUUCUUGUGCUUCUCGUCUUGUUAGGAUCUUUUACAGAAGAGAACUCUCUCAUCAACAAAACAAAUUCGACGUCGUAUCACGCCUGCGAUGAGAUUUAUGUCGUCGGAGAAGGCGAAACGCUGAACACCAUCAGCGAUAAGUGCGGUGACCCGUUUAUUGUUGAAGAAAACCCACAUAUCCAUGACCCGGAUGACGUAUUCCCUGGCCUUGUUAUCAAGAUCACCCCUUCCAGUCCCCGUAAUUAGAAAAAUAUACACUUCAUACCCCCAAAGUUUUACUUUUUUUGUUAAUGCCAUAAAAAGAUAGUUUUUUUUAUCCAACAGACAUACUUUUCCAUUUCACUUUAUUUUUCCCCAAUAUGAACUUAGUUUAGAUUAUGUGAUAAAACCUAUUUCCUUUAUACUUCUAGUAGUCUGUUUGUAUCGUAGUCGGAGCUGUAAAUACAAUAAAUUUAGAUUAGACUGGUCCAAAGAUAGUUAUCAAUUUUUGCACGACUUUGUAAUCCAUGAUUGUGACUACAUCAAAAAUAAUGUUUUCGUGUGCAAAAA